AUGAAGGCGCACAAUUCCUGGCUCCUUACUGUUAUCAUAUUCUCUAUUAUCUUCAGCCUCUCCAUCUUUGGCAUAUUCAUCUCGGAUGCGUUCGGCCGUCACAGUCACUUUGUGGCCCCGCCGUCCUGUCUGGUCACUGCAAUUUUUCAUGCCACCUCGCUCUUCCUGUGGAGAAGGACGGCAAUACAGCGGCAAGGUCAAAAAGUUCCGCCUUCCAUCUAUAGCAUCGCUAGUAUCAUCUUGACUGGCCUCCUCGCAACCCUUUGGCUGGCGUUCUCAAUCCUUACUGCAGUUGUUGUUGCAAUCGAGGCAGACGAGCGGUUUUAUCGUCGCGGGUUGUCCUUUACACACCAAAUUGUCAUGGCCAUCAUCGGUAUGACCUUGUCCUUUGUAGGGACGACCAUCCUUUGGGCCGAGCUUAUCAUCCUCGUUCAUUACCGGAAGCGGUUCUUCCAAAAACUCAGACGUAAAAGCGUCAAACGCGACCGACGCCCAAAGCCAGAGGUGCCUGAACCGAGGCGGCAAAAGCAACCAGAUCCUCAUACAACGAAGCCUAUGCGCGUUGAGGAUGUGCAUGGGAGCGCAAAACCAUCAGCUCCACAGGGUCAUACCGUCCAACGCUCUCACUUCUGGAGUUACGCGCCUCCUACUCCCGUCAGCGAACUCCAAACGCCAACUGGAACGCCAGAGCCAGAACCCAAGUCCGCUGGUCUGCAUGAAGCUGCAGCUUCUCAGCCGACGCGAUGGAAGAAACAGCAGCCCGGCCAUAUCCUUCGUGAUCAUGGCGAGGAUUUUAUCGUCGAGAAAGUCCUUCGGCAGACAGAAUUCCCGGAUCCGAGGCAGCAGAACCAGCCACCGGGAGCGGAUCCGAAUAGUGGCUAUAGGAGGCGCAAGCAGGUUCUGGCCCCAAAACUCGACCCGUCUUGCGCCUUGACCCCCCUAUCAGGGCUCGAUGAGGAUCAUUCGAACAAGAAAAUGGGAGCCCAGGCUCCAGAUGGAGAGAUGGAUUGGGAGUAUACACAUCCCGAUCAUACUGAGGGAUCCCAGCAGCCUACUGAGAACAAAGUGGACUGGCAACAGCAUGAAUACCCACUUUGA